AUGAAGUUCAACCCCUUUGUGACCUCGGACUGCAGCAAAAACCACAAAUGCCACUUCAAUGCCCCCUUGCACAUGUGCCACAAGAUCACGUUUUCCCCACUCUCCAAGGAGCUGCAGCAGAAGUACAAUAUCUGCUUCAUGCCCAUCCGCAAGGACAAUGAGGUCCAGGUGGUUCGAAGACACGACAACGGUCAGCAAGUCAGCAAGGUAGUACAGGUGUACAGGAAGAGACAUGUCAUCUACAUCGAGCAGGCGCAGCAUGAGAACACUAACAGCACAGCUGUCCACAUGGGCGUUCACCCCAGCACGGCGGUCACCACCAGGCUAAAGCUGGACAAAGACCAGAAAAAAAUUCUUGAACACAAAGCCAAAUCUCGACAAGUUGGAAAAGAGAAAGGCAAAUAUAAGGAAGAACUUACUGAGAAAAUACAGGAGUAAAUGUACCCUGUUGUGUAACCACGGUGUAGCUGUAGGUUUCUAGCCUGGUAUGUAUUCCUUUAAAAUUGUUCAAGAUGUCUCUGGAAUAUUUUGUUUACUUCCUGGUUUGUUAUUGAUAUGUGGCUCUGUAUAUCUAUUGUUGCUGUUCGGAUUAGUUUUAUGAAUAAAAAAUGGAA